AUGAGUUUGGUGCCGAAGGAAACAAUUGAAGUCAUUGCACAGAGCAUUGGCAUCACCAAUUUGAAUUCCGAUGUUGCUCUUGCUCUCGCUCCCGAUCUCGAGUAUCGAAUUCGCGAAAUCAUGCAGGAGUCCAUAAAAUGCAUGCGCCACUCAAGGAGAACUUCUCUUACUGCAGAUGAUGUGGAUAGUGCACUUGCAUUAAGAAAUUUAGAGCCGAUAUAUGGUUUCACCUCUAAUGAUCCUCUGCGGUUCAAAAGAGCUGUUGGACACAAGGAUUUGUUCUACAUUGAUGACAAAGAUGUGGAUAUUAAAGAUCUGAUUGAAGCACCUUUACCAAAAGUACCCCUUGAUACAUCGGUUAACAGUCAUUGGCUAGCUAUUGAAGGUGUGCAACCUGCAAUUCCUGAAAAUGCUCCAAUUGAAGUACCCUCUGAGUUAAGAAAAUGUGAAUAUAAGGAUGAUGGGAUUUCGGUUGAUAUUAAAUUACCUGUUAAACAUGUAAUAACAAGGGAGCUUCAGCUUUACUAUGAAAAAAUAACUGAGUUGACUCUAAAUAAGCCAAGCUCUAUUCCUUUUAGAAGAGCGUUGGUUAGCUUGGCAACGGACUCUGGACUCCAUCCCUUGGUUCCUUAUUUCACAUGCUUUGUUGCUCAUGAGGUGUCACGAAAUUUGAAUAAUUUAACUGUUUUAUUUGCCUUGAUGCGCCUUGUCCGGAGCCUUUUGCAAAAUUCUCACAUUCACAUAGAACUUUAUUUACAUCAAUUGAUGCCACCUAUCAUUACUUGCGUUGUUGCAAAAAGGAUAGGAAACAAACUAUCUGAUAAUCACUGGGAGCUUAGGAACUUCAGUGCCAAUCUUGUUGCUUCAGUAUGCAAAAGAUAUGGGCAUAUAUAUCACAAUCUUCAGCCCCGGGUGACAAAGACAUUUCUUCAUUCUUUCUUGGACCCUACAAAAGCUCUAACUCAACACUAUGGUGCCAUUAAGGGGAUAGCAGCUCUUGGAUCAAGACUGGUUCGCUUGCUUAUACUUCCAAAUCUCGAGCCCUAUUUGCAUCUUCUUGAGCCAGAAAUGCAACUUGAGAAGCAAAAGAAUGAAAUAAAGAGGCAUGAGGCAUGGCAAGUUUAUGGGGCCUUGCUGUGUGCAGUAGGCCAAUGCAUGCAUGAAAAGGUCAAAAUAUUCAGCAGUUUGUUCUCUCCUCCAACUCGUGCUACUUCGAGAGGCAAGGGAAAAGCCAUGAUUGCAAUGCCAAGUAAACGCAAGGCCAGCGCAGACAAUCUAAUGCAGCAGCAACAACCUCCCAUGAAGAAAAUUGCAAUAGAUGGUUCUGGAAUUGUGGUACCAAUGAAUUCAAUGUCUGUUGAAAUGCAAGGGUCAACAGGUGGAUUCUCCACUAUGACGGGGGUUUCGAAUGUUGGCAUGUCAUCAAUGAGUCGUCAAUUAAACAACGAUAACAUGCCAGGGAGAGAGGUUGGAGGUCAACAAUGGAAGGCAUCUACCAUUCUUGCCCAAGCUUGGAAGGAUGACAUGGAUGCAGGACAUUUGUUGUCAUCAGUGAUUGAAUUAUUUGGUGAAAGUGUGUUAUCAUUUAUUCCAAAACCUGAAGCAUGUAUAUUUUUGUAACAUUGAGUUACACUACUGGUAUUUGUUUUGCAUUUUGGAGUGCAUGUAAAUUUUUUAUGCAUCUUGUGUUACUUUUGCUGAAGUAUUUUUCAUAGGUUAGAAUAGAAACCUGGAUUUAAUCACUCAGGGAAAAUCUGUCUAAGCUAUUGACUUUUUGUCUUAGAUUAUUUAUUUUGCAUAGAUUGCAUAGAUUGUAAUAUCUUUUGACUAUAUUGGUAUUAGUGCACU